AUGAUCCACAAAUAAAGUAAGUCACUUUCACUCUAACCUUUGUGUUCUAUUAGGGCAAGACUAGACAAUUUAGUGAAGUCUGCAUCUAUGUAUAAGACUAAAGCAUGCGGAGUGCAAAGAAAUACUUAAAUAAAUGCGGGUAGCAAUUGGUACCCUAGUGGAAUGGGAAGCAUUACCAAUAAGAAUAAUAGAACAAGUUUUGCUCCUAGUUCUAGAGUAAUCAUAGAGUAAGCCAAUCCCUCUUAGCUUCCAACUUAAAGAAACUCAAGUAUUGGAAAAAGAAAACCUUCAAAUUCUUCUACAAGAAUAGCGAUUUCAUAAAAUUCAACUUAAAAAAAUAAGAGAAAAUCUAUUGAUGUUCAUAAUAGUUCAAAUAAAUACAAUAACUCCGCAAAUAUCCUGCAAUCCGUCCAAAGAAACAACAGAAAUUCAUCUAAGUCAUAUAUCAAUAGCUCUAGACACAAGGAUCAAAACUCUAUUGUCUUGAACUAGAUGAGUGGCACUAUGAGUACAUUUAGUCAAUCGAGGAAAAUCUAAAUACCACCAUAUCUUUAAGAAUAUUAAGAAGAAGAGGACUUCAAUAAAAGCUAAACACUAAAUGAUCGUUCUCAUAUCUCAAACAAUCAUUCAAGAACCUUCUCCUAAUCCAAUAAACCUGAUAUCGUCAGUAGCAAUAAUAGCAGUUGUCAUACAAAUUAGAGUUUGAAAUCUUUCUAUGAAGAUGCAGAAUUUAUAGAAUUUCUCAAGAAUAUUAGUUUAUUCGUAACCAGUGAACAGUCACCUAGAGAAUCUGAAGCUAGUGGAGGCAGCAAACUCUACUCAAAUCUACAAUUCUUAAGAGAUAGAUUCCAGGAAUAUAAACAAAAGAAAAGUACACAGACUCAAUCAUAUUAAAGUCAAAUGCCAAGUACAAUUUCCUAGAAAAAGCCUCCUGAACUUUAAUAUUCAAAUAUUACUCAUUACUACGAUGAUAGUAGCAAUUCACAAACUAUUCAAACUGAGAGAAAUAUUACAAUUAGCAAUAAGAGUCCACUUUAAGAUCCAAAACAUAAGCCCUCAAAGUUCACUUCAUAAUAGCAGUAGUAUAAGCAAUGUGAUUCAUAAAAUAGUAAACAUAGUAAACCAUUCAGUUAACCAAGACCUGAUGCUAAUAAAACGAAAAAGCAAAAUGAGUAAUUAAGAAAUUUACCUGAAAAACAAAGAAAGCAGAUCGAAUUCAUCGAUGAAAUCUAUGAAAAGAUUGUGCUUAAUAAAUCCAAUAAAAGUUCUCUUCACUCUUCUUAAAUAGAGGCAGAAAAUAAGGAGAACUUAUCAUAUAAAAAGGAACUAUAGAAAACACCUUAACAAUUAAAUCUGCAAGUAAAACAACAUUAAGAAGUGUCGCCCUCUGCUCAAGAGAAUUCAUCAUUCUACUCGUAUCAAAAGCAAGCUUUUAGUUAUUUGCCAACUAACAAAUGUUUAGAUAGUAACUUUAAAAAUGCUAAAGAAAAUGAUGAUGAAAAUAUGACUAAUGAUUAAAGAAUACUAGGCAAUUCAUCUUCUUAUUUGCUAAAUUACUCAAAUAUAAGCAAAAAACAAAAUCAUAGUGAUAUGAGACUACAAACACCGAAGGAAACUUUAAAAGCUCUUAGUGACACAGCUAUGUAAUUGAAGCAAGCUUGUGCAGGGAUAAGUUAAUUCACUCACAUCAUUCAGGGUUAGAAUCAAGGUAUCUUAUUAAGUUAAAAUACUGCGAAUAGAAACUACUAAAAUAGAAAUUUAGAUAACUAGUCUACUGAAAGCAGCUAAAUCAUUAUAACUCCUCGAGAAUAUUCUGACUCAAUGAUGACUCAGUAAUAGCCACCAUACCCCUAUCAAGCCAAUCAGUAUGAUAAUAGCCUGAAGAACAUAGCUUUCUAAGAGAGAAAAGAUUUCAAUAACUAUGAUCAUAGCAAUGAUGGCAAGAAUUCAGAAAAUAGAUAUAAGGUUCGAUCACAAGGAAAAAAUGCCAGUAACUAAAAUGUUGCUUUAAACUAAAAUAAUGUAGCUUAAAAUCACAAUUCCUAUAAAAGGGCAAGAAUGCUAAAGAAAUAAAGAGUUCUUGCUCAAUAAAGCUACCAAUUACUUGCUAGCAACAUUCAGGUUCUAUAAAAAUAGACUACUCUUAUGAAUGAUCUCAGUGUCAGAUACUUCUCUGCAUAAGAGCCAACUGCAGAUUAAUUAGCUAAGGGUAAAGAAGAAUGGGGAGAGAAGUAUCAAGAUGAUAUGUUCAAAUUCGAGAAGGAGUGGAAAAAAAUCUCUGCCAAAAUUACUGCUGAAUAAAAUGCCUAUGUAGCUGAUGGGUUAUCUGAUUUAUAAAAGAGAAAGGUUGAGGUACUCACAGAUAAAUUACUUGACUUUAAUAUUUUUGAGCUGAGAUAUUUCAGUGAAGCAUUAAAAUAAAGAAUAUAAAGAACAUCCGGCGUCAACCCAAUGAAACUCAAUUUAGACUGGCCCUCCCUCAAGCCAGAUGAAACUGGAUCAUGGCCUCCUGCUAACCCCAACUGGUUUAAGCAAUAAGAAAUGCUAGCUCAACUUGGACCAGCUAUGAGUUAAAUGGGAUUUGGAGCAGUAGGUGGCGGUGGUGCUGCUUCAGAAGCUCCUGCUGCAAAGAAGGAAGCAGCUCCAGAAAAGAAAGAAGAGCCAAAGGAAAAAUCUCAUUAUGAUAUUGAGCUUUCCAAAUUCGAUCCAGCAAAGAAAAUUACACUCAUUAAGGAAGUCAGAGCUCUGCUAAACUUAGGUCUUAAGGAAGCUAAGGAAAUGGUCGAGGGUGCUCCAGUAUGGCUAAAAAAGGAAGUUUCUAAAGAGGAAGCAGAAAAAUUAGCAGCAAAACUAAAGGAACUCGGAGGCGAAUGCAGACUAGCUUGA